CCCAAUGACAAACGGAUAACCUACACGGACUUUUCCCUUUUAAACCCCAAACAGGACGUUUUAAUUAACAUUUUGGUAACGCUUAGCACGAGGAAUAGGCGUGAAUUAUUAGUAAAAAACAUUCACAACCUAAACCAGCUCUUGAGAAAGGGAAUGCUUGUUUUAAAAUAACUAUAAAUCUUCCGUCAGUCCCUGGAUGCUGGCGAAAGGCUUACUGAACUUCCGGGUUUUCCUGUCACUCGAACAGCCGUGCGUCAUCAUGUGGGCGGGCUCUCGUUUGCUGGCAACGUCGGAAUUCAAGCGGGAUGUGCAAUGCUUCAUGAACAUACAGAGCUUUAAUACAGAUCCUUAAAAUGAUAGAAGGACGUUUAUUGAUUUUGUGGUGUGGUAGGCCUGUUUAUCUUAAUCGUUUUUUGAUGUAGUUAAUGUAUGGACAACAUUGCAGACGGACAUGACUUGGCUAGUCAUCAUGAAUCAUUAAUAGGCUACUGUAAAGAUCUGGUUGCAUGCUCUCUUUUUAAUCGACCAGGAAGCAGGAGGUUUUCUCUUUCAUUUAUAAAUUCUAUUUCAAGAUCAUAAAUAGAUGACAGCAUGAGGAGCCGCAGUAAUUCAGGGGUGAGGUUGGAUGGAUAUGCCAGACUUGUCCAAGAAACAAUAUUAUGCCACCAGAAUCCAGUGACAGGUCUACUGCCAGCUAGCGAGCAGCAGAAGGAUGCCUGGGUCAGGGAUAAUGUUUACAGCAUCUUGGCAGUGUGGGGGCUCGGCAUGGCUUAUCGCAAAAAUGCAGACCGUGAUGAGGACAAAGCUAAAGCCUACGAGCUCGAACAGAAUGUGGUUAAGCUCAUGCAGGGGCUGCUGCAGUGUAUGAUGAGACAGGUGGCAAAGGUAGAGAAGUUCAAACACACACAGAGCACAAAGGACUGCCUGCAUGCCAAAUAUCACACGCCUACCUGUGCCACAGUGGUUGGUGAUGAUCAGUGGGGACACCUGCAGGUUGAUGCCACUUCACUGUACCUGCUCACAUUGGCUCAGAUGACUGCCUCAGGUCUACGUAUCAUAUCUAACAUGGACGAGGUGGCGUUGAUCCAGAACCUGGUUUUCUACAUCGAGGCAGCGUACAAAGUGGCUGAUUAUGGGAUGUGGGAGAGAGGAGACAAAACCAAUCAAGGAAUUCCUGAACUUAACGGCAGCUCUGUUGGAAUGGCUAAGGCAGCUUUGGAGGCCAUUGAUGAGCUUGACUUGUUUGGAGCUCAUGGAGGCCCAAAAUCAGUGAUUCAUGUUCUACCAGAUGAAGUAGAACAUUGUCAGUCUAUCUUGUGCUCCAUGCUACCUCGAGCUUCCACCUCUAAAGAGAUAGAUGCCGGUCUGCUCUCUGUCAUCUCAUUUCCUGCAUUUGCAGUGGAGGAUGCAGAUCUGGUCAACAUCACAAAGAGUGAAAUCAUCACCAAACUGCAGGGACGUUACGGCUGUUGUCGCUUUAUCCGAGAUGGAUACAGGACCCCAAAAGAGGACCCUGCUCGCCUUCACUAUGAUCCCGCUGAGCUGAAGCUCUUUGAGAACAUUGAAUGUGAGUGGCCAGUAUUUUGGACUUACCUUAUACUCGAUGGCAUCUUCAAUGAAGACCAUGAGCAGGUGCAGGAAUACAAAGAGGCUCUUGAAGGAGUUUUGAUCAGAGGCAAACACGGGAUUCGUCUGGUGCCUGAACUCUAUGCUGUACCUGCUGACAAAGUUGAAGAGGAGUACAGGAACCCUCACUCUGUGGAGCGUGUGGCCGCUGGCCAGCUCCCACACAUGUGGGGCCAGUCUCUGUAUAUCCUGGGCUGUCUGCUGGCAGAGGGAUUUCUGGCCCCUGGAGAGAUUGAUCCUCUGAAUAGGCGAUUUUCUAAAGAAUUCAAGCCAGAUGUUGUUGUGCAAGUGAGUGUAGUGGCUGAGUCAGUGCAGAUCCAGCAGCUACUGAGGGAUCAAGGGAUUGAUGUUCAGACCAUCUCUGACGUUUCGCCCAUCCGGGUCAUGCCAGCUCGCAUCCUGAGCCACAUUUACGUGAAACUGGGCAACUCUAAAAAGCUGAAUCUGAGUGGGCGACCACACAGGCACAUUGGUGUCUUGGGAACUUCAAAGUUUUAUGAGAUCAGAAAUGGUACUUACACAUUUACUCCACAGUUCAUUGACCAGCAUCACUUCUACUUGGCUCUGGAUAACCAGAUGAUUGUGGAGAUGUUGCGAACAGAGCUUGCUUAUCUCUCAUCCUGCUGGCGGAUGACUGGAAGACCUACCCUCACGUUCCCUAUCAAACCGAGCAUGCUGGUUGAGGAUGGGGACAGUAUUGACCCCUGUAUCCUCUCUACCCUCCGGAAGCUUCAAGAUGGCUACUUUGCGGGUGCAAGGGUGCAGAUGGCAAACCUCUCUUCAUUCCUCACAACCUCAUUUCACACCCAGCUCAGCUUCCUGGAUGCUGACUCUGAAGAGAAUCUGCUUGAGGAACAGGAAGAGGAAGAAGAAGAGGAAGCUAGUUUUGGGUCCUCGGGAGGUUCAGGACACAUGUUUGACCAGUAUCUCACAGAUCUAUUUCACAGCACUGCUACAAAUUGCAAUCUGCCUCCCAUUCAGGGGGGGCAGCACCACGUUUUUAGUGCUGAACACACCACCAGGGACAUCCUUUCUUUCAUGGCCCAGGUUCAGGGCCACAACAUGCCCAAGCCUCCCAUGUAUUUGCCUGUCGUCCCCAUCAUGAGCAAACACAGGAAGUCUCUCAAUCUGCUGGAUGUUCCUCAGCACAAUGUUUCUCACCACAGCAAGGCAAGUCUCCAUACCCCAGUGUAAAGUAAACAGUAAACAGCCCAUAGUUUUGAUUCAUGUCUGUUUUUGUCUGCACACACAUUCUAGGCCGAUAGCGUUGACCUGAACUUGCCACGUGAUUCUCAUGGGAACACAGACUUCGCCUAUCUGGUCAAUCAGCUAAAGAAUUGUCCAACCCUUCAGGACCAGGCAGAUAUCCUCUAUGUCCUCUACGCUAUGAAGGGUUCAGAUUGGAUAGUAAAUCUGUCAGGACAAGGAGAGGCAACUGUUCGCUCCCUGCUGGAGGAGCUGUAUGUUCGGGCAGGAGCAUGUAAGGAGUGGGCCCUCAUCCGCUACAUUUCAGGCAUCCUGAAGAAAAGAGUGGAAGUCCUUGCUGAGGCUUGCACAGAUCUGAUCUCCCAUCAUAAACAGCUGACAGUGGGUCUUCCUCCCGAACCCAGAGAGAAGGUCAUCACAGUUCCUCUUCCUCCUGAAGAACUGAUUAGCUUGAUUUAUGAGGCCAGUGGACAAGACAUCAGCAUUGCCGUCCUCACACAGGAGAUCAUGGCGUAUCUGGCCAUGUACGUGCGCUCUCAGCCGUCUCUGUUUGGAGACAUGCUGCGUCUGCGCAUCGGCCUAAUCAUGCAAGUGAUGGCUACAGAACUUGCUCGCAGUCUACACUGCUCAGGUGAGGAGGCAUCAGAGAGCCUGAUGAGCCUCAGUCCUUUUGACAUGAAGAAUCUCUUACAUCACAUCCUGAGCGGGAAAGAGUUUGGUGUAGAGAGGAGCGUGCGUCCGAUUCAGUCUUCAACCACUAGUCCUGCCAUCUCCAUCCAUGAGCUUGGACACACGGGGGCCACCAAGACAGAGCGCACGGGCAUCAGAAAGCUCAAGACUGAAAUCAAACAGCUCGAUGACUCCAGACCCAUGAGUCGAUGCAGCAGUCCCUCCACUCCAAGCGGGAUGCUGUCUCCGACCAGCACAGUAGACUCACACCUGCAGUGGGAGGAGCGCCAGGGCCAGUGGCUGAGGAGACGCAGACUGGACGGGGCCAUAAACAGGGUCCCCAUGGGCUUCUACCAGAAAGUCUGGAAGAUUCUCCAGAAAUGUCAUGGCCUCUCCAUUGCUGGAUAUGUCUUGCCUUCCUCCACCACCCGUGAGAUGACGGAAGGAGAAAUCAAGUUUGCAGUGCACGUGGAGUCUGUACUGAAUCAUGUCCCACAGCCUGAGUACAGACAGCUGCUGGUGGAGGCCAUUAUGGUGUUGAUCCUUGUAGCUGACAUGGAGAUUCCUAGUAUUGGGGGAAUUAUUCACAUCGACCGCAUUGUUCACAUGGCCAACGAUCUCUUUCAACAGGAUCAGAGAUCCAACGGGGCCAAUGAGUAUUUCUUGGAGAAAGAUCCUGCCACAGGAAUCUGUAACUUCUUUUUUGACAGUGCUCCUAGUGGCAGCUACGGUACUAUGACUUAUCUUUCCAAGGCUGUGGUCACAUAUGUUCAAGACUUCCUGCCAAGCAGCAGCUGUCUAAUGCAGUAAAGACUGCAGUUCCCACCAAAAGAUGGUGACCUUUAGGAAAGAUAUAUGACCAGUUUUAUUAAAUCAUAAAGUUCAGUUGACCUCAGUUCAGUAGCAAAGGACAAGCAUCAACAGGGAAGCCACUAAAAAACACCACAGGAUAUGUUGUGAAGCUAACAGGCUACAGGAUGUGGACCACUGUGCCGUUUUGUGUUUUAAGUAUACAAUUCUAAUUUAAUAACUGUAAAUGCAAUUAACUAAUAUAAUAUAAUAUAAUAAUAUAUAAGUUCAACAGAAACACUUUACAUGAUUUUAAUUAUCUUUUUAACUAAUUUACAUAAUUUAUAAUUUUGUGUUAAUAGAAAAAUGUUUAUUUUAUUUAAAUUGGUACUUCAGUUGUGUGUCUAUAGAGCACUUAUAGUUUGAUCUGUACCAUGUCUCUAGUUAAACAAAACACUGUUAUAUUACAGUAAGAUUUGAGUCUUAAUGUUAUCCUAUACAUUAUUACAUUAUAAAACUACUCUGAAAUGUGUUAUUUAACAUGUGCUUCUUAUUUAAAGAAACAUACUAUAAAAAAAUGUAUAUUUCCUAAAUCAUAAAAUUAAAUGUAAAAUUAAUUUAUAAUCUGUUCUUUGCAUGCAAACAUGCAACAUUGUAACUCAUGGCAAAGCCAAGCAUGUGCUGUUCUAUAGACUGGCAAAUCAUGCAUCAGAAUUGUUUUUUGUUCAUUUCAUGAGCAAAAAAGAGGUCAAUUAAUGAAGAAAAUCAAGAGAACUUAGCUUGACUAAACAGAUUUGUUAGAGAAAAUGUUUUACGUUUUGUUACAGGUUUCAAUCUAAGACAUUUGAAGAGAAAAAGGGCAUUUGAAGUUGUUUUCAUUUUGGACAAUGACAGUAGAAAUGUUCAGUGUGCGAGUUCUGGCUGUCUGUAUUUCAUUUUGUCCUGUUGUUACUCACGUUUAUCACAAAUUACUACUUUUGAAGGAAAGUCCUGUAUUUUAAUCUCUGUUAAACAUUUGUAUAACCACAGACAAAUAAAAUGUAAUUACUACAUCUCA